CGGUGGGAUAAGUGUGUCAGAGCUGUGUCAAAGGACCACACGACUGGACAAUAAUCAAAAUUAGACCAAACUAGAGCCUGCAGGACUUGCUUUUUGGAGUGUGGUGUCAAAAAAGCAGAGCAUCUCUUUAUUACGGUCAGACCCCUCCCCAUCUUUAUAACCAUUGAAUCUAUAUGUUUUGACCAUGACAGUUUACAAUCUAAGGUAACGCCAAGUAAUUUAGUCUCAACUUGUUCAACAGCCACACCAUUCAUUACCAGAUUUAGCUGAGGUCUUGAACUUAAGGAAUCAUUUGUACCAAAUACAAUUUUUUUAAAUACAUUUUUUAUUUCACCAUUAUUUAACCAGGUAGGCCAGUUGAGAACAAGUUCUCAUUUACAUCUGCGACCUGGCCAAGAUAAAGCAAAUCAGUGCGACAAAAAAAACAAAACAGAGUUACACAUAAACAAACAUGCAGUCAAUAAAAAAUAGAAAAAUCUGUGUGCAAAUGUAGAAGAGUAGGGAGGCAGGCAAUACAUAGGCCCUGAGGCGAAAAUAAUUACAACUUAGCAUUAAUACUGGAGUGAUAGAAUGUGCAAUUGAUGAUGUGCAAGUAGAGAUACUGGGGUGCAAAAGAGCAAGAAGGUAAGUAAUAAUAUGGGGUUGAGGUAGUCGGGUGUGCUAUUUACAGAUUGGCUGUGUACAGGUACAGUGAUCGGUAAGCUCCUCAGACAGCUGAUGCUUAGUUAGAGAGGGAGAUAUAAGACUCCAGCUUCAGUGAUUUUUGCAAUUUGUUCCAGUCAUUGGCAGCAAAGAACUGGAAGUGUUGGCUUUGGAGAUGACCAGUGAAAUAUACCUGCUGGAGCGAGUGCAACGGGUGGGUGUUGCUAUGGUGACCAGUGAGCUGAGAUAAGGCGGGGCUUUACCUAGCAAAGACUUAUAGAUGACCUGGAGCCAGUGGGUUUCGCGACAGAUAUGUAGUGAGGGCCAGCCAACGAGAGCAUACAGGUCGCAGUGGUGGGUAGUAUAUGGGGCUUUGGUGAUAAAACGGAUGGCACUGUGAUAGACUACAUCCAGGGGCUAUUUUGUAAAUGACAUCGCCGCAGUCCAGGAUUGGUAGGAAAGUCAGUUUUACGAGGGUAUGUUUGGUGGCAUGAGUGAAGGAGGCUUUGUUGCGAAAUAGGAAACCGAUUCUAGAUUUCAUUUUGGAUUGGAGAUGCUUAGUGUGAGUCUGGAAGGAGAGUUUACAGUCUAACCAGACACCUAGGUAUUUGUAGGUGUCCACAUAUUCUAGGUCAGAACCGUCCAGAGUAGUGAUGCUAGUCAGGUUGGAGGGUGCGGGCAGCAAUCGGUUGAAGAGCAUGCACUUAGUUUUACUUGCAUUUAAGAGCAGUUGGAGGCCACGGAAGGAGUGUUGUAUGGCUUUGAAGCUCGUUUGGAGGUUUGUUAGCACAAUGUCCAAAGAAGGGCCAGAUGUAUACAGAAUGGUGUCGUCUGCGUAGAGGUGGAUCAGAGAAUCACCAGCAGCUAGAGCGACAUCAUUGAUAUAUACAGAGAAAUGAGUCGGCCCGAGAAUUGAACACUGUGGCCCCCCCAUAGAGACUGCCAGAGGUCCAGACAACAGGCCCCCCCUGAUUUGACACACUGAACUCUGAGAAGUAGUUGGUGAGCCAGGCGAGGCAGUCAUUUGAGAAGCCAAGGCUAUUGAGUCUGCCGAUAAGGAUGCGGUGAUUGACAGAGUUGAAAGCCUUGGCCAGGUCGAUCAAGAAGGCUGCACAGUACUGUCUUUUAUCGAUGAAGGUUAUGAUAUCGUUUAGGACCUUGAGCGUGGCUGAGGUGCACCCGUGACCAGCUCGGAAACCAGAUUGCAUAGUGGAGAAGGUACGAUGGGAUUCGAAAUGGUCGGUGAUCUUUUUGUUAAAUUGGCUUUCGAAGAUUUUAGAAAGGCAGGGUAGGAUAGAUAUAGGUCUAUAACAGUUUGGGUCUAGAGUGUCUCCCCCUUUGAAGAGAGGGAUGACCGCGGCAGCUUUCCAAUCUUUGGGGAUCUCAGACCUUACAAAAGAGAGGUUGAAUAGGCUAGUAAUAGGGGUUGCAACAAUUUCUUCUGAUCAUUUUACAAAGAGAGGGUCCAGAUUGAACAUCAGCUGGAUUUGGGUGAAGGAGAAGCGGGGCGGGGGUGCAAGUCACUUAAGGGGGUGCUGAGAUGUUGGCCAGGGUAGGGGUAGCCAGGUGGAAAGCAUGGCCAGCUGUGGAAAAAUGCUUAUUGAAAUUAUCGAUGAUCGUAUAUUUAUCGGUGGUGACAGUGUUUCCUAUCCUCAGUGCAGUGGGCAGCUGGGAGCUGGGAGGAGGUGCUCUUAUUCUCCACCGACUUUACAGUGACCCAAAACUUUUUGUAAUUAGUGCUACAGCAAGCAAAUUUCUGUUUGAAAAAGCUAUCCUUAGCUUUCCUAACUGACUUAGUAUAUUGGUUCCUGACUUCCCUGAAAAGUUGCGUAUCGCGGGGGCUAUUUGAUGCUAAUGCAGAACGCCACAGGAUGUUUUGUGCUGGUCAAGGGCAGUCAAGUCUGGAGUGAACCAAGGGUUAUAUCUGUUCUUAAUUAUACAUUUUUUGAAUGGGGCAUACUUAUUUAAGAUGUAGAGGAAAGCACUUUUGAAGCGCAACCAGGCAUCCUCUACUGACGGGAUGAGGUUAAUAUCCUUCCAGAAUACCCGGGCCAGGUCGAUUAGAAAGGCCUGCUCGCUGAAGUGUUUUAGGGAGCGUUUGACAGUGAUGAGGGGUGGUCAUUUGACCCUGGACCCAUUACGCACGCAGGCAAUGAGGCAGUGAUUGCUGAGAUCCUGGUUGAAGACAGCAGAGGUGUAUUUAGAGGGCAGGUUGGUCAGGAUGAUAUCUAUGAGGGUAUGGUUACAGAUUUAGGGUUCCUUGAUGAUUUGUGUGAGAUUGAGGGCAUCUAGCUUAGAUUGUAGGGCUGCCGGGGUGUUAAGCAUGUCCCAGUUUAGGUCACCUAACAGUACGAACUCUGAAGAUAGAUGGGGGGCGAUCAAUUCACAAAUGUUGUCCAGGGCACAACUGGGGGCCUAUAAACAAGCGGCAACGGUGAGAGACUUGUUUCUGUAAAGGUGGAUUUUUAAAAGUAGAAGCUCAAAUUGUUUGGGCACAGACCUGGAUAGUAAGACAGAACUCUGCAGGCUAUCUCUGCAGUAGAUUGCAACUCCGCCCCCUUUGGCAGUUCUAUCUUGUUGGAAAAUGUUAUAGUUAGGGAUGGACAUUUCUGGGGUUUUGGUGGCCUUCCUAAGCCAGGAUUCAGACACAGCUAGGACAUCCAAGUUGGCGGAGUGUGCUAAAGCAGUGAAUAAAACAAACUUAGGGAGGAGGCUUCUAAUGUUAACAUACAUGAAACCAAUGCUUUUACGGUUACAGAAGUCAACAAAUGAGAGCGCCUGGGAAAUGGGAGUGAAGCUGGGGGCUGCAGGGCCUGGGUUAACCGCUACAUCACCAAAGGAAAAAAGGAAGAGUAGGAUAAGAGUACGGCUAAAGGCUAAAAAAACUGUUCGUCUAGUGCGUUCGGAACAGAGAGUAAAGGAGCAGGUUUCUGGGCGCGAAAGAAUAGAUUCAAGGCAUAAUGUACAGACAAAGGUAUGGUAGGAUGUGAGCACAGUGGAGGUAAGCCUAGGCAUUGAGUGGUGAUGAGAGAGGUUUUGUCUCUAGAGGCACCAUUUAAGCCAGGUGCGGUCACCGCAUGUGUGGGGGGUGGAACAUAAGGGCUUUCUAAGGAAUAUUGAGCAGGGCUGGAGGCUCUACAGUGAUAUAAGACAAAAAUGUCUAACCAAAACAGCAAUAGACAAGGCAUAUUGACAUUAGGGAGAGGCAUGUGUAGCCGAGUGAUCAAAGGGUCCAGUGAGUAGCUAGGGGAGCUGGAGGCACGGCGAUUCAGACAGCUAGCAGGCCGGGGCUAACAGCAGGCUAGCAGAUGGGCCUCAGGGAGAUGUCGCUACGGGAGAGUUUGUUGAAAAACCCCCUCGGACAGUUAUGUCGGCAGACCAAUCGUGAUGGAUCGGCGGGGCUCCAUGUCGGCAGCAAAGAGUCCAGGCCAAUUGUCAAAAGAGGUAAUUGAAGCCCAGGAAUUAUCUGAUGGAAUUAUUUGACUAUCCGGAUGAAGGGCCUCUCUCUCUCUCUCUCUCUCUCUCUCUCUCUCUCUCUCUCUCUCUCUCUCUCUCUCUCGAUAUAUACAAGGGAUGGGACAAGACAAUCAAAACAGACAUCCCCACUUCUACGCCAUCUUGGUUCAUACAUUUAUUUUUUAGAAAUGUUCAGGACCAGUUUAUUACUGGCCACCCAUUCCAAAACAGACUGCAACUCUUUGUUAAGGGUUUCAGUGACUUCAUUCGCUGUGGUUGCUGAUGUGUAUGUGGUUGAAUCAUCAGCAUACAUGGACACGCAUGCUUUGUUUAAUGCCAGUGGCAGGUCAUUGGUAAAAAUAGAAAAGAGGGCCUAGAGCUGCCCUGCCGUUAACCACACUUUACAUGUUUGACAUUAGAGAAGCUUUCAUUAAAGAAUGCUCUGAAUCCACAUUAUGGCAGAGGUUGAAAAGCCAUAGCACAAGUUCUUUCAACAACAGGUUAUGGUCAAUAAUAUCAAAGGCUGCACUGAAAUCUAACAGUACAGCUCCCACAAUCUUAUCAAUUUCUUUCAACUAAUCAUCGGCAGUUUGUCUGUGCAGUACAUGUUGAGUGCCCUUCUCUAUAAGCAUGCUGAAAGUCUUAAUUUGUUUACAGAGAUAUAGCAUUGUAUUUGGUUAACAGUUUGCUAAGAGCUGGCAGCAAGCUUAUAGGUCUGCUGUUAGAACCAGUAAAGGCCGCUUUACCACUCUUGGGUAGCGGAAUUACUUUGGCUUCCCUCCAGGCCUGAGGACAAAGCCUUUCCUCUAGGCUCAGAUUAAAAAUAUGACAGGAGUGGCUGAACCCAGCUACCAUCCUCAGUAGCUGUCCAUCUAAGUUGUCAAUGCCAGGUUUGUCAUUAUUGAUUGAUAACAAUAAUUUUUCCACCUCUCCCACAUUUAACUUUACAAAAUUCAAAAACUUGCAAUGCUUUUCUUUCAUUAUUUGUAUUUUUUAUGCAUGAAUACAAUUGCUCACUGUUCGUUGUUGGCAUUUCCUGCCUAAGUUUGCCCACUUUGCCAAUUAAAUAAUCAUUCAAAUAAUUGGCAACAUCAAAAGGUUUUGUGACGAAUAAGCCAUCUGAUUUGAUGAAAGAUGGGGUUGAAUUUGUCUUUUUGCCCAUAAUUUCAUUUAAAGUACUCAAGUUUUUCCAUUAUUCUUUAUACCAUUGAUCUUGGCUUCAUAGAACAGUUUCUUCUUUUUGAGUUUAGUCACAAAUUCUCCAUUUGCAGUAAGUAAGCCAAUCAGAUGUGCAGCCAGACUUAUUAGCCACUCCUUUUGCCCCAUCUCUUUCAAUCAUACAGUUUUUCAAUUCCUCGUCAAUCAAUGGAGCCUUAACAGUUCUAACAGUCAGUUUCUUAACAGGUGCAUGUUUAUCAAUAACUGGAAGAAGCAAUUUCAUAAAUUCAUCAAGUGGAUCAGACAAAAAAAUAUUAACAUCAUCCACGAAAGAUCGGACCAAAACGCAGCGUGGUUUGCAAUGGGGCUAUAUCUGGUGGUCCUCUGGGUCUGUGCUGUGGUGCUGCAUUCCCUUGGGAGAGCAGAGAAAGUAACUCAAACGACUGAAACAAGUUUCUCUGAGAGCACAGAAGGGUUGACUGCUGGGACGGUUACUAUAGGGCUGGAUGACCAGAACCAAGAACCGCCUCCCUUCUACCCCUGUCAGGAUGACGAAACGGAUUACAGAGAAAGAGUGUACCGGAGGGAUUCUCAUGGUGUUAUGCAGCUGGUUCAGAGCGAGGACUAUGAAGACAACGAGGACUAUGAAGACACUGACAUUGACACCAGCAAUGACACCACCGUUCACCCCUGCAACCUAUCACCCAGUGGACUGCCCCUCUGUCUUAUCUACCCAACCAAUCAACUCAACUGCUCCUGGAAAUUCCAUGGUCUCUCCAAUGACAGCCAAUCCUCUGCCUCUGCCUCUGUCUCUGUGUGUAGGAACAAUGAGAGAAUCUCCAGUGUGGACUGUGUCUCUGAGGUCAUGGGAGGCCAGGGAGCCCAGGGAUGGCCUGGCGGUGUGGUUCGAGAUGUGUCUGCUGUCUGCCAAGGCAGUGUGGGUGACGGCGUCACCUCUUUGAGUCUGACUUUCAAAGUGUCACGCCCUGACGUGUGCUGCAUCUACACCAAUAAAAUGGACACCAUAGAUAUUGAAGUACUGCGCCCGCCCCCCAACAUCACUGCCUGGGUCAGAGAGGAGGGUCUGCUGGUGCAGUGGGGUCUCCCGUCCAGCACCACACCUAGAUGCUUCCGCUACCAGCUCCAGAUCAAUGACCUGGUGAGGAGCUUUACAGAGGGACUGACAUACAAUGAGACCAACCUGGACCACACACAACGGUACGACGUGAAGAUGAGGGUGAGGAAGAAUAGUGACUGCAGAGGAUCUGAACACUGGAGCAGCUGGAGCAACAUCAUCACGGUGGCCCCGUCUGAAUCACACAAUCAUCUGAACACUGUUGUUGUUGGCAUCACUCUGGGGAUACCCAUGAUCCUCCUGGCUCUGCUGCUGCUGAUCAGACUCCAGAGGGAACGUCUGUUUCCCCCCAUCCCUGGUCCCCCACUGAAGAUUAAACACCUCUUGGAGAGAGACGACCUACUUCAGGUCCUGCCGUCCAAAUGUGUUGAGGAGAUCACUGUGGUGGAGGAAGCUGAGGAAACACCUGUCAAUAUGGCCUGUUUUUAAAGUAGCCUUGUAAACAGCAGACUGAAGCUUGCGGGAUCAGACGGCUUUGCUCGGCUGUUUAAAGCCCUGUCAUCGUUAGCCCCUAGGCCGAUCUGUAAGAAGGAUCCCCUUAGCCUAUCAGAGGUCAAGAUGCAGUCAUUAUUAUUUAUUAAUACCUAUCCAGUUCUUUCAGAUCUACAAGAAGUAGGACAAGGAGAGUGUGUGCUUGUAGGGCAAGUGUGACCUUCCUGGUCCCGCCCCUCAAGUCCGUGAGUCAACACAGGAAGGAGUAAUGGAUGGAUAGUUAUUUUAUUUCCAAAGCUGCGAUCAUGGGACACACACACAGUAUGGAUGAAUGAUGAGUAGUAGACGGAAUAUAAACAGCACUCCUAAAGAAGAUGCAUUCUCCAGUUAGAUACCAACUUCAAAGAGGGAACUUUAACUAGCAUAAAACCCACAUGGCAAAUAACAUAUAAAGAGUGGCUUAUUUGACGCCAAACCAACAACAUUAGUUGCUAAUAACAUAAAUUGCUCAUGUAAAAUGUGGAUUUUAUGAUGUAAUGUCAACUUUGUACAUUUCUAUCUCAGGACCAUUCCAUUUUCAACUCACCCACAGCAAUUCUCCAUAAAUUUGCUGUGGAUUACCCAGAAUCCCAUACUUUUAUCACUGAGUGUAUUAGAGAAUGUAAACACACUAAUCCACCAGGAGGUGGCAUAAUACCAAUUUUAUGCAGGAAUUUAACAAUUUAAUCGCACCAUUACACAAGCAGUUUCCUUGGUCAGAUAUGUUGGAUUCUAGAUUGAAAUAUACUUCUUCAUGUUACAUACUAUAAAUUAUUGAUGACUUUACAUGUACAAUGAAUGUAUAUGUUUGGGUAAAUAGCGGAUAAGAACUAGGUGGAUGGAAAGUUAAUCAGUGGGUCCUAUGGAGGGAGGCAAAGGGCAACAGUCUGGUUUCAGUCAGUGGUAAAGUAGGACAGCUGUGGAUUAGGGAGGAGUGAGAAAUUCGGCCCGAGGUCAGAUGAAGUGAGAAGGAAUAGUCCUGUCACACACGCAGACUUGCAUGCCUACAAAGGUUCUAGUAGGAGGCGGGCCAUAACUACACCAGUGAGAGGAACCAAUUCAGUUCCUGACUAGCAACAGUGAUGUUGGCUGUCUAGAUAUGCAAGGAGGUGACGCCUCCUAGUACGAGGUUAUAAAGAUAUGUGCUUGUGUAAACAUGUUUUUGUCUUUGCGGCUGUUUGACGUUUGACCCAGUGGGGGAAUAAACUUGGUUUGAGCUUUU